AUGAUAUUCCAGGCUCUGUGUGGCUUCCUGCCAUUUCUGGAUGCCAUCAGUGAUUCGGUGACCAAUCUUCACAGCUCCAUUGCCUUUGAGGACCCAAGUUACAGUGGGCAGUACAUCAGUGGCCUCAACAACGACACCGAUGAAGAAGCUAAAUCCAUCCGCGUCAUCGAGGACGACAGCGACGACGCUCUCGGCUGGCAGCUCUGGACGCUAGAUUUGCUCGACACGAGCCACGUCCACGUCGACCUGGUGUUCCCGUGCGCGUGCCAUACACACACUGCAAGUGUUGGCAGCAGACCCAGCUCUCGACGACCGUCGCAUACGAAAGCCAUCUUCAGGAGCAGGAGCAGCCGUGGGCGUGGCAGCUCGCUGCGGAGGCUGGUGGCGACGCACGAGGAGUACCUGACGUACGCCGUGGUGGUGGCCACGCUGCAGGUGUUCCUGCGCCUGACCCACGCCACCGUCACCACGCUGUUCCUGCCGAUGCUGGCGCAGGCCACGGGGUGCGGGCGCAGCAGCUGGGCCGCGCAGAUGGGCGACGCCGUGGUGGUGGUGGUGACCACCUGCGGCGUCCUCGGCUCCGCCCUCGCGGCCAGGCAGCUCGGGCGGGAGGCCAUGUGCGCCAUCAGCGGCGUCCUCAUCGUCUUCUGCCAGUCGAUCAUGGCGGCGCACGCGGGGCUGAGCCUGAGCGGCGGCGCGCGGAUGACGGGCGGGCACGCGGCGGAGAUGUUCGCGCUGGCGUGCGCCGUGUCGGGCGGGUUCGGCUGGGCGUGGGGCGCGCUGUUCUGGGCGGUGCCGGGCGGGGGCAUCCGGUCCGUGGGGCAGGCGGCCGGCGCGGCGCUGGGAUUCGGGCUCGGCUUUGCGCAGAUGCAGUGCUUCCUGCUCACGCUGCGCCAGCUCAAGCACGCCGCCUUCGCGUACUACGCCGUCUGGAUCUGGUCCUGA